CACAAAAGCAAAGAAUAUGCAUCACGAAUAUUGCAAAUCAACACCACUUUUUGUUCUUCCUCUUCAAUAACACAACCAAAUCCAUGAUUAAUUACCCCAAAAAAUUCGAGUAUUGAUGGAGAGCACAGGAUCAAGAGAGUUGAUCAAGUCAAUCUUGAUCAUGGUUGGAAUUCCUCUAGCUUUUUCUUUAAUUGCUAGGAUUAAAAAUAGAAAGAUUUCAUCCUUUCAAGAUAAAAUCCAAGAAACAGAAUCCGAUAGGAAUCAUCUCAAAGAGCAGAUUCUCAACCUCAAAACAAAAAUCGAAGAGCUUCAAAAGCUUGAAAGGGAGAUCGAAGACCGGUUUUUUGAGUUUAUCAACUUGAAAGAUCAAGAGUAUGCAUUAAUGGAGAUUCAGAACAACUUGGCUAUAGAGAAAGAACGAGCUGCGUUCUUGGAAAGGGAGGUUUCAUCAAUGGAUGUAGAGACCAAAAAGUUUGAUGAGAUGGUGAUCGAGUAUUUAAACGCAUUAUAUGAACUCCAAUCUUCAAGAACAGAAAACUGUAUGCUUCGAAAAAGGAUCAAGAAACUUUUGAAGAAAACAAGAGAGAGUUCAAAGUUGAUGAGCGAUCAGAAUUCGAAAAUCAAAACACGAGAAGCAGAAAUGUUAGAUAUUGAAUCGGAAUUGAAAAGAAAAGACAGUGCGCUUGAGGGAUUCAAACAUGAAGUCGAUGAAAUGCGGGCCAUGAUCAGUCAAUUACAAGACGAGAAGGAUGAGGUUUCGAACAAGCUAGACACUGCGGAAAUAGCAAUUUCGUCGAAGGCCGAAGCUGAACGGAUAUUCUCGGACAACUACAAUCGUGUAGUAAACGAACUAGAACAGCUUAAGAAGGAACGAGCAGCUGAAGUGAAAGAAUUGAUAUACCUACGAUGGUGUCAUGCAUGCCUGAGGCACGAGCUAACAAGGAGGAAUCAACUCGAGAAUGAAAGAAAAGCCGAUAACGAAAAGAACAACGAGCUAGGAUCAGGGUUUGGAGGAAAUAUUGUGCCACUAGAAGAGUACAUAGGACAUGAGUCGGAUAACGAGAGUGUGACACACAUCAAUGAGCCUUUUUUCGGACACGGACAACAUCACCCGAAGAGGCAAUGGUUAGUUAGGAAGUUCAAGAAAUGGGUUGAGGGAAAUGCGAAAAAUCAUGAGGCUAAGUGCUUCAGAAGCCAUUCGGUUGUUGAUGAGACUCGUCAACGACAUUUGUCAGGAAGGAAGUCAUUCUCUAGUGCAUAAUGGUAUAUAUGUCACGAUCUGUGAAUUCAAUAAUAUUCUGAAAUGUGCUAUAGAGACAAUAGCCUUUAAGACAUAUCUUAAGAAGAUUUAGGAUGGAUCUACAAGUAAGAGGUAUGUAAAACUUUAAAGAAUCUCGGGUCAAUUAUGUAUGCCACUUCAAAUUUGAUGUGUAAUGACAUGUAGCU